UGAAUACAUGUUCAGGAGUAAGUAGCUGAGCGUGGAAGACAAACUAAAAGCAGGAAAGAGCCAUGCUGAGGAUGAAGUGUGUCGCUGUUGUCGGGUUGCUGAGUCUUCUCUCGAUGGGACACUCUGCUCCUCUGAGCGGCUGUGACAGUCUGAUCAAACCGAUAUCUGUCAGCAGUGAAGAUAUAUUGGGGAGUUGGCUGUACAUCGGUGGGAGCUCUGACCUCCCGGGAACUCGCUCCUUGGGCCGUCUGAUGACCAGCGUCUCAUUGAACGUCACUGCAACCGCCCAGAGCAACAUCCUGAAUAUCGUCCAGGCUCAGAGAGUAUAUGGCCAGUGUUCCAAGCUAGUAUACAACGUGACUUUUGAAAACAGCACAAUGUCAAUUGAGCAACCUUUUUACCUCAAAGAAGGCUACCUGCCGACUGACUGCUCCGACUGUCUGGUGGCCUAUGAAGAAAUUACAGCUGGCAAAGAUAAAUUCACCAGUCUUCUCCUUUUUAGCAGGAGAAAGAGUGUCUCAGCUGCUGAUGUGGAGAUGCUCAGGAGACAGGCAGAAUGUCUCCAGAUGCCAUCGCCUAUGAUAAUAGACACAAACUACGAAAUCUGCCAAGACAACAUGCCAUCCCUCGGCGGGCUCACUGCCUUCCACUCCUUAUUGGAGAACAAGGUGGGACAACGAAUAGCAAGACUCCUGGAUAGUCUUUUUGAUAUGUUUGUGAACUGAUUUAUUUAUAUUUAAUCAUGUUUUUUACUGAUAUACAUAAAUAAAUAAUAAAAUUGAGAUGGAUGAA